GUACAAUCCGCUGGUUUGACUCGGAGUGCUCGGUGGACAGCUAGUGCCGUCAGUGCAGAGCUGGUCAAAAUGAGCGAGGAACUGUCUGCAUCAGGGUUUGUGAGGAAGCGAGUGCAGCGGCUUGAGAGAUUGUUUCAAGUGAAAGGAGGUGCACCACUCUCAAAUGAGGAGUUGGAACAGGAAGGCUUGGAGACAUGGGAGAACCCAUGGGAGAAAAUUUCCACGCUUGAAAAAGCUUUGGAGUUCGAAAGUACCUACCACAAGAAGGCACGAGACCGGAUUUCAGCGUUGAGUGAAGUAUUGAAGGAGAUGGAAAAAGAGUCACUAGACAGAACUAUCCUGGAUCUGAGGAACCAACAGUUACAAGAGAUGCUGGCUGAGUUGGAAAAGGAAUACCUGCUUGUCUGUGAUGACAAGAGUCAGGAGUGUGCAGCCCUGACAGAAGAGAACACAAUGCUACUAGAACAGUUAGAAAAGGAACACAGUGAUAAGAAGAUGUUCCAACAAGAGUGCAAGAACCUCACCACUAAGGCUGCACAACAGCAGCAGCAACUUGAGGAGCUGAAAAAGAAGUUGGAGGACUUGGAAGAUGAAAGACAGGAGUUAGAAACAAAUAAAUUCCAGCAAGGUGUUCUGGAAGAAAGAAUACGAGAGUUGGAACAUGACUUGGAGAGUGACAGAAAAGAGAUGGAUGAAUCAACAAGACUCAAUAAAGAGUUACAGGAAAAAGUUGAAGAGCUGGAGCAUGACCUCAGGCGCAAGACACAGGAGUGCUGCAACAUGGAGUUAGUCAACUCUGAGAUAGAGGAAAAAUUGGAACAGGUUCAGGAGAGUUUUGCAGUCAGUAAGAGACAAUGCCAGUCUUUGGCAGCACAGAAAUCCCAGCUACAGAGUGUUGUAGAAGAGCUAGAGGUAAAAGUGGAGGAGUCUCCCCGCCAGGCCACUCAGAAGAUGCUAGAACAGUAUGAGGAGCUCGAAAAUAGGUUACAAGAGCUGGAGCAGCUUCUGAAGCACGAGACCGGCGAGCGCGAGCGCGAGACCACGGAGAGCAAGAGCCUGGCCUCGCAGAACAUCGAGCUGCGCCGCAAGCUGGAGGACGAGCACGCCAACUACAAGCGGAAGCUGCAGGCGUACCAGGAUGGGCAGCAGCGCCAGGCACAGCUCGUGCAGAAGCUGCAAAGCAAGGUCCUGCAGUACAAGAAGAAGGUUGGUGAACUUGAGUCGUCCAUCAACGAGCGCGAGAAGGAGAGCGAAGCUGCCAAGCUCGACUUGGAGUCCACCCGAGACAACUUGUCUCGUUCCCUGGAGUCGUCGGAGGCACGUCUGCGUGCCACUGAGGAGGAACACAGCAUGGAUCUGGAGAAUGCCCUGAUCAAGCUGGAGGAGGAGCAGCAGAGGAGUGCUAGCCUGGCCCACGUGAACGCCAUGCUGCGUGAGCAGCUGGACCAGGCCACGCAGGCCAACCAGCAGCUGACCGCCGACAUCCAGCGCCUGACCCAGGACUGGACACGCGCCCGCGAGGACCUGGAGAACAAGGAGGCUGAGUGGAGGGAGGAGGAAGCCUCCUUCAACAGCUACUUCAGUCAGGAGCAUGGUCGUCUGCUGGGCCUGUGGCGUACUGUCAUGUCGCUGCGCCGCCAGUUCGCUGAGGUCAAGUCUGCAACCGAGAGGGACAUGUCUGGCAUCCGUGCCGACAUGACGCGUUCCUCUCGCUCUCUGCACUCUGCCUGCCUCAACCUCCAGGCCAACACGCGCAUGGCGGACUCCACCACGUCCGUGCAGCUCGACAAGGAGCGCGCCGACCGUUCCGAGAUGGAGAACCAGCUGCGCGACAAGGUCAAGGAGGUCAUCACGCUCCAGUCCAGGCUGGACACGGAGCGCUCGGACCUCAGUGGCAGGAUCAACGAGCUGUCCGUGCAGAACGAGCGCCUCAAACUGCAGGUUAAGGACCUCAACAAGACCAUCGAGAACCUGGAGACCAGCCGUGCCGAGGCCACUCAGGAGCUGGAGCGCUCCCAGGCCGAGGCCCUGCGUGAUGAGACCGAGGCUCUGCACCAGGCUUUGCGCGACAUCGCUAACGUUGUCAUCACCGACGCUGACGGUGUCGGGGAGAAGGAUGACGACACCAUGGCUGAUGCUGACCUGAGCCUGAGGUCGACCUCUCCCAGCCGUCUGCGUUCGACCUCUCCCAGCCGCCUGCGUAGCCCGUCUCCCUCUCGCCGCUCGCCCAGCCGCGGCCGGUCCCCGGCCCGCACCUUCUCUCCCGCGUUUGCUGAGUCCACCCUGGGUGCCGUACAGGCUGCACUGCAGAAACGUCAACUCCAAGUCCAGGAGCUCAGGGCCAAGCUGAACGCCCAGCGCGACCAGGGCGGCUCGCUCAAGAAGCAGCUGGAUGAUGCAGACAACGAGAGGCGUCGCGAGUCGCUCCAAGGACGAUGCAGUCCGUGAUGCCAACAGGUUCAAGAAUGCUCUCGACCUGACGGGAAGCGAGAAGUCUGCGCUGGAGUCCAUCCGUUCAUCUCUGAAUGAUGAAAUCGAGGCCUUGAACGCGGAGAACCAGAAGCUCCAGGCUGCCAACGCUGACCUUCAGCACCAGCGUGACAGCCUUGAGGACGAGAAGGAUGAUGUCAUCAAGGACAAGGAGCGUGGGCAGAAGGAGAUCGAACGAUGCAACCGUGUGCAGGAGCAGAUGGAGAUGAAGAACUCUGCGCUGCGUGAGGAGACUGUGACUCUGAAGGAGGCCCUGAACCGGGCUAUCCUGGAGAAGGAGGUCCUCGAUCAGGAGAAGGCAGAGAUUGCUGAGUCUCUCUCCAAGGUGGAGCUGCAACGUGCAGAGCUUGAGCUGGAGAUCAGCAAACUGAAGACCGAGGAGGCCGGCCUCAGGGACUCACUGCUCAAGAUGCAGGCACUUAACGAGGGCCUGGGACAGGACAAGAUUGAGCUGAACAAGAUGAUCAUGCAGCUGGAGGCUGAGAAGGCCUCCCUGAUGGGUGAGAAGGGAGAACUGGAGCAGGAGAAGUCCAGUCUCAAGGACGAGCUUGUCAAGACUGAACAGGAGAAGAUGGAGGUGGAGAACAUGAAGAGCGGCCUGGACCAGUCCCUGGUGCUGACAGAGCAGACCAGGGAGAAGCUGGAAGAGGACCUCAUGUCUGUCCAGCGGGAGAAGGCUGAAGUCUCCGAACAGCUGUCUCAGACGACUCGCCAUAAGAACGCGCUGGCGGAAGAGCUGCUGCAGUCUCGGCGUGAGGUGGAGCGGCAGAGCGACACCGUGGUCCGUGUGGCCAGGGAGAAGGAAGAACUGACCAAGGAGAAGGCCAACCUGGUGGUGCAGCUGACCGCUGCCGAGAGGGAGAACAGGGCUCAGUCUGAGGAGAUUGCCACCUUGCGUGCAGACAAGGAGAGCCUGGAGACCCAGCUGUAUGACUCCCAGACUCUGGCCUCCGAGCUGCAGACCCGUAAGGAACAGCUAGAGGGCGAGAACCAGACCAUCCUGCUCAACAAGGAGGCACUGCAGGUUGAGAUUGGGCGCGUGCGUAAGGAGAUGGAAAUUGAGAUCACCAAGUUGGAGCGCGACAAGGAGGCCCUGAACCAGAAGCUGGCGCAGCAGGAGCGCGACAGCUCGCUGGCGCUGAAGAACGCCCAGCAGUCGCACGAGGAGGACGUGGACAGGCUGAUGCGCGAGAAGGAGACCCAGCGGCUGGACCUGGAGUCUGAGCGCGAGGAGAUCAUCCACAAGAACACUCAGGAGAAGGAUGAGAUGCUAGCCAGGUUUGACAAGGAGAAGGAGGAACUCAACGAAGAGCUGGAGGCCCUCGCACAGGACAAGGAUGAGAGUCUGCUGCUCGCAGAGAAUGACAAACAACAGGCCCUUUCCCUGAAGGAACAGGAGAAGCAGACUGUGGUGGAGAAGCUUGGCUCGGCCCAGCGUGACAUCGCUAAUGCCAGCAUGGAGAUGGAGCGUAUGAAGAGAGACGCCUACAGCAAACAGGAGCAGGACAAAACCACCAUCAACUCCCUCAACCAGGAACUCAAGAACUUCAGGGCUCAAUUCGAGGAGGCAACCAAUGCCCAUGAGCGUGAGAUUAAGGACCUGAACGGGCAGAUAGCCGAGGUCAGGAAGCAGCGGGAGGCCGCUCACAAGGAGGUGGCAGAACUCAAGACGCAGCUCAAGAUGGUGGAGGAGACACGCGACGGUGUGCGUCGUGACCUGAUUGAGGCCCACCGCAGGAUACGUGAAGGUGACGAGGACCGUGAACUGAAGCGUAAGGAGAUCAUCGACCUGAAGCGCAUGAACAACGACGAGAUCCGCGAGAAGGAGGCCAUCAACAAGACCAACGAGGAGCUGCGGCAGAAGGUGAAGAAGACUGAGGGAGAGAAGAGCAACCUGGGCAGGGAGCUGGGAGAUGCCAGGCAGAGGAUCAAUGUCCUGAGUGAGAAGUUGGAUGCUGGUGGCAAGGAGAACUCAGACCUGCGUAACAGCCUGCGCGAGGUGGAGAAGAGCCGCCUGGAGGCCCGGCGUGAACUGCAGGAGCUGCGCCGACAGGUGAAGAUGCUGGACAGCGAGAGCAAGAAGAAGAGCAAGGAGGUUGAGGAGCUGCAGAACCGCGUGUCUCGUGACGAGGAGAAGGAAGAAGAGGCGCGCCGUGAGUCGUACGGCCUGAAGCAGAAGGUCAUGGAGACCGAGGCCAGCCGCGAGGCAGCGCAGAAGGAGAUCGCUUACCUCCGCAGGAAACUGGCUGAGCUGGACGAUGAUAGCAAGCUCAAGGAGAAGGACUAUCUGGCAACUAUCGAGGAGGGCCGUGCCAACGAGAGGAAGAUGAACGACCAGAUGCGUAACCUGGAGAUCGCGCUGGAGAACACCAAGGCUGACGCCGCCGACCUCAGCCUCAAACUGAGCGCUGCUGACGGCAGGGUCAACGGCCUGGAGGCCGAACUGUCUCGUCUGGAGGCCCAGAAGCGUGACACUGAGUACAAGCUGGGCAGCCUGCACUCUGCCCUGCGCCGUACCCUGGGGAUCAGCCGCAUGGGUCGCUCCCCCAGCCCCGGCUUGAUGAGGACACGCUCGCGCAGCCCCAGCCCGACCCGUCGCGGCAGACCUACCUCCCCCACCAAGGGAUUCGACAGCACCUUCGCCACCACCACGGACGGCAUGGGUGAGAUCAUCCCCGACACCGGCUCCCCCGGCGCGCUGGAGCGAAGCCUCAGCCCCGCACGCCGCUCCAUGACCCCCACGCGACUGGAGACCUCCGCUCAGGACAUUGACCCCGAGGUCGUCAGAGGUGCUCUCAGGGACUUCCUUCAGGAACUCAAGGAAUCACAGCGCGACAAGGAGGAUGCCCAGAUCAAUGGAAAGAACCUCCAGCGCCAGCUUGUGGAGAUGCAGAGCCAGAGGGACCUGUACGAGCAGCGUCUGCAGCAGCUCCAGAAAACUCUGGGAGAGACAGAAGAGGGUAAGAGAGGUUCCGACGGCCGCCUGAGCGCCGCACAGACCGCCCUGAUGUUGCAGGAGGAAACCAUCCGCCGCAACGACCGCGAACGGAAGGGUCUGGUGGAGAAGGUGUCCACCCUGGAGCGCGGCCUGCAAUCUGCUGAGACAGAGAAGAGGCAGCUGGAAGAUAAGAUCAACAAGAUGAAACAGAAGGAGGGCAGCCUGGAGUCUGACAAGAAGAAGCUGAAGGAGAACUGGGACAAUGCUGAGAACCGCAACACCAAGUCUGAACUGUCACGGCGCUCGCUGGAGGGAGACCUGCAACGCAUGCAGCUGGCAUUUAAUGACAAGGAGACAGAGAACCAGGUGCUUCAGGACCGUAUUGACAGCCUGACCAAGCAGAUUCAGGACCUGGAGGGUAAGGCCACCUCCCUGCAGCUGACUGUGGACAGGCUGUCCAUGGCACUGGCCAAGACUGAGGAGGGAGAGAGCCAGCUCAAGGAUAAGGUGCAGAACCUGUCCAUGACCCUGUCGGACAGUAAUGCCACAUCACAGACCCUACAGGAGAAGAUCCAACAGGUCCAGAAGGCUGUCACCAACAGCGAGCAUGACCGUCGCGUGCUUCAGGAGCGUCUCGACUCCACCAGGCAAGCCUUGUCGGAGGCUAAGAAGAGUAACCAGAGCCUGGCUGAGCGUGUGCAGCUGCUGCAGAACGAGAACGCCGAGGCGGACGUGCGCCGUAUGGAGCUGGAGGGACAAGUCCGCCAGUCGCAACAGAUGGUGCGUGAACACAAGAACUCGGAGGACGAGGCCCUACAGAGGAUCCAGAAGGUGCAGGAAGACAAGCGAGUCCUGCAGGAGCGUAUCACCGGGCUGCAGCGCGUCAUCGCUCAGCUGGAGACUGAGAAACGCGAGACGGAACGUUCCGCCGUCCGUCUGGAGAAGGACAAGUCUGCACUGAAGAAGACUCUCGACAAGGUUGAGCGAGAGAAGAUGAAGACGGAGGAGACCACCCUGCAGCUUGAUAACGAGCGCUCCACCAUUGAGCGACAGAUGGGCCAGCUGGAGUCAGAGAACGUGGAGAUGCAGCGCCAGAUCCAGGCACUGCAGGCUACACUGGCUGAGACUGAGCAGCAGCAUGCACAGAGGUUGAUUGAGCUGACCACCCGACAUCGCCAGGAGACAGAGAUGGAGACUGAGCGCCUCAGGACCGCCCAGCUGCAGGCCGAGCGUACGCUGGAGGCGCGGGAACGCGCUCAUCGUCAGAAGAUCAAGGGACUAGAGGAGCAGAUUGCCACCCUGAAGGACCAGCUUCGUCAGGAGAUGCAGAAGAAGCAGCAGCUGCUGACCCGCUCUGCUCGCGCCCUGGAGGAGUCUCGGGACAUCCACGGCGUGCUGGGAGACUCUCUUCGCUCCGUCGCCCGCGACACCUCUCUCGACCCACUGCUCCUGGAGCACGAGACCAAGAAACUGGACGACUCAAUGGACUACGCGACGCGCAUAGGAGCGACCUCCCCGCCUACGAGUCUCGGGCGGCGCAACGGCGGGCGCAGCACCUCCCCCUCCAGGAUUGGCCGCCCCUCCUCAACAUCCACCCCUGCUGCAGCGGUCCGCCGCUCGCCAACGGCCAGCAUCGCUCGUCGUUCCAGCCCAACACCGAGCUCCCUUCGCCCGUCUUUCAGGAAGUAGAGUGUGACUGGGCGCGUUUAUUAUGACCUUUGACACAGUGUUAAGCUCACGAGCCAAAGCAAACAAGUCCCUCUAAGAACAAGACUAGUUAUUCUGCCGGUUGUAGCUGACAAACAAUUAGACAUCUGUGCUUCUUGAUAUUUCAGGAAUUUCUCCGCCAUCUUUUGAUGAAAUUUGAAUCUCGUGCACUGAAAUUCUAACACGGUGUUUUGCACCUUUAACUUCCCACUGCAGGGAAAAAUUAUAUAUAUAUGUAUGAAUUAUAGGUAGCACUUUUGAGGCAAUAAGAGACUUGUUGAUGUCCCGAUAUAUGCAAACAUUCAUAGCAGACUGUAGCCGAGCAUAGAAAACAAGAAAACAUUUUUGCACAGUACCGUAGCAUUGAAAACCAGUAAACAAGGAAGGUGCUUUUUUUAUGCGAUCUGAUCUUUGCAGUGUGCCUUUCUCUUUGGUGCAGCAAAGACCCAUGUGUGCAGCUAAGAAAUAAACUUAAGAAUCAUCUAAGAAACGUAGCGUACUAUUGUGACAAUGAUCAUUCCACAAGGUACUCAAUUUUUACAAAAUAGUCGAGGAAUUUACUCCAAUCUAUUCCAUAGGGCUGUAGAGAAAGUUUGGGAACAGUAGACAUAUCAGGAUUUUCUGAAUGAUUCGGUAGAAAACUGGGAGCAACUAUAUCAUGUGGGCAGGGAGACUUAGCUUUAUCUAUACUAUAAUUUGCACCUGUUUGUGAUGUAUAGAGUGAUACGUGAUUGAGAUAUUUUCCAAUAUGCGCAGUGUGCAAAAAAAUAUAGCAUAGAGGAUGAUAUUAAUUAUAAUCAAAAGGGAAGAGUUUGAGUUUAUUUGAAAAGUGUGUGCGAUAGGAUUCGGAUGUUGACACUUGACACAGUUAGAAAUCAGGUUGUGCUUGUCUUUUACUAAUAGCGUGAAGAACAACGUGUGAAAGAGCAUUGCUAGCAUGCUGUUAUUAACUUUCAUGUAGUUUGGAUGAAUCAUUACUUCUCAAGUGUAGUGUGGAAGGAAGGCAAUAAGAGUUGAAUGGUACUGGCAGACAUUGUGACAGAAUGAUUUUAUGACAGAAGAA